AUGUUCUACAAUUAUGCGCCCCCCACCACUCCUACGUUUAUUAAGCGCGGGGGGGUCCUUUUGGAGGCGAACCGCAAAACGGGCCCAGGUCCAGGAUUUCCACUGCCUGCACCUCCGUCGGUGCUCGCUCCGCUCGAGCUCGCCCAGAGCUCUACAAGCCCCUUCCACACAGCCUACCAGUACGAGCUCAAAGCUCCGCCCCCGCGUACUUGCGAGCCUCGCGAGCAGGCGGCUCUCAGCCCCGCGAAGGCGGUCGGCCUCUUCGGCUUCGGAUUCUGUCCAGGCCUCAGCGCGAUGGAUGAGGAUGGAUGGAAAAUGACUCGUGAAAUGCCUUUGAUUCUUCGACUCACUAUCUUGGAGUUAUCUUGGAAGGAUAGAGCGGGAGGGAAGGCUGACAUGCCCAGAUGUUAA